UGCUGCAGACAUCUGCCCAAAGUGCUGGACUCUGAUGACUAUUGCCAUCCAUAUCCUGGACAGAGCCCUUCGAGAUGUCUUUGGUUUCCGGCACUGCCUGUGGGAGUACUCGGGCAGGAGAGGGGUGCAUUGCUGGGUGUGAGACGACUACAUUUUCUUCAUAUCAUGCUUCUUUAGAUGUUAAUUAACGGUCAAUUACGUGAGACCGACAGUUAUUUGCUUGACAAUCACCGGCGAGGCCGCCCGGAAGCUCUCUGUGGCGGCGCGCUCCGCUGUGUCUGAGUACCUGAGUCUGGUCAAGGAUGGAAAAGAGACGGUGAGGAAAGUAGUCCUGUCAGACCCAAUUCAUCCAUUCAUCAAAGAAUCCCUGACGGUGGUGGAGCACUACUUUCCCCAGUACUCUCUAGUGCGACAGGAGCAGCAAAGAGGUUGCAGACAAAGUGCUGGCCCUCAUGCCCGAAGAUGUCAGAAAGGAGCUGCUGCAGUGCUUACAGACUGAGAAAAACCCUGAGAAGCGCUGGGGCAGACUUAAGACUCUGGUCCAAAACAAACGUACAGUACGACUGCCAAGGGCCACUACUUUGAGAAGGAGGUCAUGUUGCAGUACUUUUACCCUCGGCUCGAUGUGAACAUCAGUAAAGGAGUCAACCACUUGCUGAAGAACCCCUUCAGCGUCCAUCCCAAAACUGGGCGGAUUUCUGUUCCUAUUGACCUGGGAGAACUGGAUCGCUUUGAUGCCUUUGAUGUGCCCACUAUCAGUCUGAUCUGUGAGGAGUUGUAUCGGCCCAAGACAGCAGAGGAGGAAGAGGAGGAGGAGGACACCAAGGAGAAUGAGAAUGAGAGAGAAGCAGGAGAGCGACGGAAGAUAAGAGACUACAAACGAACAAGCUUGGCGAAGUAUGUGAAACUGUUUGAUCAAUUCCUGGAAGGGAUGGCUCGCUCAAGGAAAGGGGAGCAUCUUAAAAAGAGUGAUCUUCAAAAGGACUUC